AUGAGCCAGUACCAGUCCGUCCCAAAAUCCGAGCUCGACGAGUCUCAAGUCCGCGAGCUUGAGGAGUGGGAGAUCUCCCAAGGCCCUCUCUCGGUCCUGCAGCAGGCCGUCCGCAACCAGAGCCAGGUUCUCAUCUCCUUGCGAAACAACAAGAAGCUCCUGGCCCGCGUCAAGGCGUUUGACCGCCAUGCCAACAUGGUUCUGGAGAAUGUGAAGGAGAUGUGGGUCGAGACGCCGAAGGGCAAGAAUGCCAAGCCCGUGAGCAAGGACCGCUUCAUCUCGAAGAUGUUCCUCCGCGGUGACUCGGUUAUUCUGGUUCUGCGCAACGCGGCAUAA